AUGGUAUGGUGUGCUCGGACAACUACGACCCCGCAACGGGUGAUCUUAUGUAGAUCACACUCACGUGUAGGAUACAAUCGAUGCCUUUUCGUCGGUCUCUUGUUGUUUCUGAAUCGUUCCUGGAGUUACGGUACGAGUUCCAUCCAAACCGACGAGAGCCUUCGAAACGACAGUGGGGAUUCGAUUGAUUGGCCAAACGAGCUCGGAGCCAAUCUAGAACCGCAUCCGGACCCCAAUGAUGAACACUACGACAAUAUGGUCUACGUAGGACGACACGAUGAGGAGGGCAAGCGUAUGGGCUUUGAUGUGGAUAAUACGGUCCGUUACAUUUUCGGCACGUCCUUUGACGAAACGCAUCGGGCCAUCGAGGAAGCGGACCUGCUGCACGCGCAUGCCGAUGGCGACGACACGCAUCGCAACGUGGCCGAUCGAGGUCAAGUACCACUUGAUUCCACUCGUGCCUCGGAAUACGCGACCGAUCAGGAGCAGCAUCAGGCCCUGUUUGAGCAACGACACCGUAAAGUCGAUCGGACCGGACCCAAGUCGUUUGGAUACGUGGAAACACAUCCACUGGAUGGUGGAGUGGUACCACCCAAAGUAGUUGCCGUUCGGCCCUUUUUCAUGGACACGACGCUCGUCACCAACAAGGAAUUCGCCAAAUUCGUCAAGGCCACGUACUACGAAACCGAAGCCGAACAAUUCGGUUGGAGUUUCGUACUCGAAAGUUUCGCCCCCAACGCCAUGCUGGACGCCGAAUCCGACCCAGAAGCGUCCCACUGGAUUGCAGUUAACGAUGCCUACUGGCGUCGUCCCGAAGGUCCCGACAGUUCAUAUAAGUUCCGCGAACACCAUCCCGUGACGCAUGUGUCCCACCGUGACGCCGCGGAAUACUGUCAAUGGGUCGGGAAACGCUUACCGGGAGAACGCGAGUGGGAGGCAGCGGCGCGGGCUGCCCAUUGGGGCCCCCGUAACCGUACUCCCUUUGCAUGGGGUGACGAUUCGGCCGACUGGAAAGUGGCGUCACAAUACGCCAACUUGUGGGGCAAUGGGACGUUUCCAUGGGACAAUAAAGCCGAAGACAAUUGGCGGGGAACGUCACCGGUUAAAACCUUUCCACCCAACGUCAUGGGAUUUUACGAUAUGACCGGAAAUGUGUGGGAAUGGAUGCGUGGAGGAAAGCACAAGAGUCGUAUUGUUCGGGGUGCUUCGUACGUGGACAGUUUAGACGGAAGCUUCAACCACGCCGCCACACUCGGUGCCCGGGCCACCCUACAUGGAACCACGACGACCGGGAACGUGGGCUUUCGGUGCGUCAAAUCACCUAAACAACGCACGGAAUACCACUACAUAUCGCACGACGAAAAUGUACACGGGCAGCUGACGAUAGAGGAUCAGUUUGGACACCGGGAUACUGUUCCUCAACGCGGUUGGGAGGACCAAUUCCAUCGACAAUUCAUGGACAACGAUGAUGAUGAAUUCGAGGAGGACGAUGAGAGACCUAGUAUCAAGAGGAAGAAGGUCACGAAACGACGCGAACGCAUUUCGACCGAGCUAUGA